CCACGAUUCAGGCCUGAUAAAUUACACGCCAGACGACAAUGAGCCUAAACGUGUGUGAAAUUCCUUUAUUUGUUCACAGCUUGAGACCUGUGUCAAAAUGAAAACAGCAUCUGGAGAAGGAGAAGGGGCGGUUGAGUUUUACACAUGGCAAUGGCAGUCUUAUCGAUGUACCCGGCCUCGAUUUCUCGUCUUGGCGCGUGUACGCACCGAAGAGGCAGCCACCUGCAGUGCGUGCAAAGUGACCAUCGAAAGCCAGCCGGGGGCGGGGCCAAUGGGAGGGCUGGCCCUUGCAUCGUCCUGCCCCUUCUGCGGCCAACCGUAUGCGCCCCUUCGAGCCACGCCUCCCUAUGCUGCCACGACGCCAACACUGAUGCAUGACGCUGUCCAGGCGUCGGUUGGCGGCGCCGGUCGCGUCAGAAGUCAUCGCUCCUCCAGCGAGCCACUGGUGCCUGGAUUUCGUCUUCCACCCAUUGAAUCAGAACAAGAAGAUGCAAGACUAGGAGCUAGACUGAAUCUACUUUUACGACCGGCGUCGCAUCAUUCUCUCGCCCAGGUUUCAAAGGAAGAAGAUUGUCCUGAGGCAUUCCUUAGUGUUGAAAAUCUGUUAACGGAUUUGGAAGGGCGACUCGUCCAACCUCAUUAUCCUACCCGGCACAAAACUAGGGAAGAGUUUCUGCAAGAUGUGCGCCGUGCCCAUCAAACAGAGAACUACACCACGAUUCAGAGGUUCUACAUGCGCUGUUUUGAUACAUUUGCCGAGAUUUGUGCUCUAUUCAAGAUUGACAAAGAUGAAGAUGGAGCCAAAUUAGAAGACCCCGGGCUGAAAAUGGAAUUUAUUUAUUCUGUACAUGACGCUCUCAGAGGUCUGCCUUCAAUUGUACAUAAAACAGUAUUGAAAUCGAUAAUUAAUGCUCUAUUAGAAGAAAACCGUAUAUUGUAUAAAAAGGAUUGUGUUCGUGCCUUAUUCAUUCUAAUACAGAAUCCAGUGUUCGCUUCCCAAUCGACGUACAUGAUAUUCGCCCACCUUAUGCGACAGAUUGUCACUUUGCAAAGCUGUGAUCACAAGUUACUAGUCAACUGGUUCAAAAUCGUCGGACUUGUGCAGCAUUUCGACCUGCUUCUGGAGCAGCUCGACCUCCUUCUCCACAAUGGCCGACAGCAUCUCCAACUUCUGAGGCUCGUCGCUCUUGCUCUGGCAGUCCUUGAUCUUCUGCACUCGCUGCUGUUCCAUGUGCACCAGGUCCCUGAGGAUGCUCUGCGGCAGCUGCAGUCCUGGACAGGAGUUGCUGCUGGUAUUGGGCUCGAUCCUGGCUGGGGCUGGCACUUUCGGCUGACCGCGACGCUUGCAGGAAAUGCGGUGGGCAUGGACAGAGAGGUGUAUGCUCAGGGAUCAAUGGAUGCUGAGGGAUUAAUUGAUGAUGAGGGAUCAAUGGAUGCUGAGGGAUCAAUGGAUGCUGCUGGUGAACUGGUAGAGAUUGGUGGAUGGCUGGAAGAUGGACUGGUCUGCGAUGUAUUAACACAACCUCCUCUUAGCAAAAGCAGAUGGUGGAUUCCCACUGCAACUAAGACGCUCGCUUUGAUCAAUGCCGCAAACAACACAAGUUGGCCGCCACUGUUGGACUACACAGAGUUCUACAACUCGGCACUGGAUCACAUGGAUCUGAUGCAGGAUUACUUCAACUGGCAGAACCCUCAGAGACCAGGGCAGUUCGCCUACUGUCAAUACCCCUUCAUCCUCAGCAUAGUCGCCAAGCGAAUUAUACUCACCAAAGACUCAGAGCAACAAAUGAUUUUGACUGCGAGGAGAUCGCUUGUGGCGAAAGUGGCCCAACACCAGGCUCCCCAAAUCGACAUAUUCUUUCUCAACAUACAUGUCAGGAGGUCGCAUCUAGUAUGUGACUCAUUAAACGAGAUAGCAAGCAAGCAAAAAGACCUGAAGAAGAAGCUGAAGGUGUCUUUUGUGGGUGAACCGGGCCUCGAUAUGGGCGGACUGACCAAGGAGUGGUUUCUGCUGCUGAUCCGGCAGAUCUUUCGUCCGGACUACGGCAUGUUCGUCUAUCAUCCCAACUCACGCAGCUAUUGGCUCAGCACCGAUCAGGCAGGCAACCUGCGCGAAUACAACCUGAUCGGGGUCCUGAUGGGUUUGGCCGUAUACAACUCGAUAAUCCUGGACCUGCGACUGCCGUCCAUCUGCUACCGGAAGUUGCUCUCGCCGCCCGUAGUGCCGCCCGUCGACACUUCCGGUGUGGGAGUGAUCGCCGGCCUCACGGUCACCCAUCUGGCCGAGAUCAUGCCCGACGUCGCCAGGGGGUUGGCUGAACUGUUGGCCUAUGAGGGCAACGUGGAGGAGGAUAUGUGUCUCACGUUUCAGGUGUCUCUAGAAGAAUACGGCGAUGUGAAAACGUUCAAACUGAAGCCUGAAGGAGAGAACAUUACUGUGACGAACGAGAAUAGAGACGAAUAUGUCCAACUGUAUCUGGAUUGGGUUUUGAACACAGCCAUCUACGAUCAAUUUCGAGCAUUCUAUCUCGGAUUUCACAGUGUCUGUGCUUCAAAUGCUCUCAUUAUGCUGAGGCCUGAGGAGGUGGAAAUGCUUGUUUGCGGUUCGCCAACUAUUGAUCUCAACGAACUUAGAAAAGUCACAGAGUAUGAUGGAUUCAAAGCGGACGAUCCCUAUAUUCUUGACUUCUGGGAAGUACUGGAGUCAUUGACAGAGGACCUACAGAAGAAGUUCCUGCUUUUCACGACCGGAAGUGAUAGAGUGCCUGUGGGAGGCAUGGGAGAAAUGACAUUCAAAAUAACAAAACUCUCUAACAAACCAAAUAAUUUGCCAGAGGCACACACCUGUUUCAAUCAACUGGUUCUACCACAUUAUGAAUCACAGGAUAUAUUGUGUGAAAAACUUAUCAUAGCUAUAUCGAAUGCUGAGGGAUUUGGGCUGGAAUGAAAACAAAUCAACCUGUUUUAUAAAAAAUGUUGGAGUUUCUAUAUUUUAUUGAAAACCCCCUGUUUUUCUAAUCUCAUAAUUUCAAUUCAUAUGAAAUAUACAAAGUGUGUCAUUUAGUGAGAUUACAAAAUAAUUACCUUUAGUGAGGUCCACGUUAUAAUGGCAGUGGGGAAAGAUAGGAGAACAACGUUGCCGAUCCUGAAUGUUUUGUCAAUGCCUUCUUGACGGUAGCUGGUACAGGUUUAUUAAUGUAAUAUUGA